GAUGCCUCCAGGGGUAUAUAUACGACGAGCGCUGCGGGGCUUGAUAAACACUUGCCCAUCAGCGAUUACUGCUGCAGCAUGUACACGUCACUGGUAGCCGUGAUCGCGCUGGCAAGCUGCGUGGCAGCCGCCCCGGCAGACGACGUGAUACCGAUCGUCAGUCAGAGCCAAGAGGGCCCAAACCCGGACGGCUCGUACAAAUGGAACUACGAGACCGGGAACGGGAUCAAGGCGCAAGAAGAGGGCCACGUAGAGAACGCUGGUUCCGAGAACGAGGCCAUGAACGCCCAGGGUAGCUUCAGCUAUCGCAGCGACGACGGCCAGGAGAUCUCGUUGACCUACGUGGCGAACGAGGAAGGCUUCCAGCCUCAAGGCGCUCACCUGCCAACCACGCCGGAAAUUCCGCAGCUGAUUAAGAACGCGUUAGAGUGGAUAGCGGCUCACCCGAGCAAGGAGGACCAGAAUCAGGUGUAAAGGAUAGGACGCGCGUCGUCAGUGAUCUCAGUCGAGCUGCGUCGAAUUCUCUUCUACCAUGCGAAUUACGAUGAGUCGCCCCGUCGUCGCCUCUUCCCGCACCCGGUCUCUCAGCUCUAACGAACGCGUACUACUCUGGUUCAAUCUGUUGUAAAUAUUUAUUUGUAUACUUCUACGGACGCGUAUAUGUAUACACGCAUGUAUCGUAUAUCGUGUUAUAUCGGUGUAUCAUUAUCGUAUUAUAUAUAUAACGUGUAUCGUGUAUUGUAACGCAUGCACACGCGAGCAUGUACCGCGGCCAGCGAGCAUGUAGAUAAUCGCUCGCCGGGUAUGUAUCACGGUGCAUACGGAAUAAAUGUUGCAAUUCAAUACA